UUGUAUCAUUUUCACCGUGAUCCACUAAAUCCAUGAACAAAAUCAAAGAAACUUCCGAAUGGAAUGAGAUUGCAACAUGGUAGACAAGAGAAUCUGUCAAACAGAGAAAUAAAGAUUUUUAGCUUAGCUCAAAUUACAACCUCGGUGUGCCGCCUCUUCUUUCCCUCAAUUUCUUGCCAUAUCUCCAAAACCUUCACGAACCACACACCCAAAUCCAACAUCGUAGGAACUUUCACGCUUGUCUCGAGCCAUGAAGAAUUCGUGUUCUUUUUGUACUUGUUUCUCAGCAUCUGUCAAAGAACAAACCAAGCACGAAUUAUGGAUUGCAUCUGUUAUUACCCAACAGAGGAGCCAGAUGAAGAUAACAAUGAUGGCAGCUUCCGCAUAUUCACUUAUAGAGAAUUGAAUUCUGCCACACGAGGUUUUCACCCCUCGGAAAAGAUUGGAGAAGGAGGUUUUGGCACUGUCUACAAGGGGCAGCUUCGGGAUGGAACUUUUGUGGCCGUGAAAGUGCUUUCGAUUGAGCUAGAUUCCUUGAGAGGAGAGAGGGAGUUUGUGGCAGAAUUGAAUACACUAGCAAAUGUCAAGCACCAAAAUCUUGUCAUUCUCCGAGGGUGUUGUGUAGAAGGAGGCCACAGAUACAUAGUCUACGACUACAUGGAAAACAAUAGCCUUCGCCACACUUUCUUAGGUUCAGAGCAAAAAAAGAUGAAUUUCAGCUGGGAAACUCGGAGGGAUGUAUCCAUAGGUGUGGCAAGUGGGCUUGCCUUUCUCCACGAGGAACAUCAACCCCAUAUUGUGCAUAGAGAUAUCAAAUCCAGCAAUGUUCUUCUUGAUCGAAAUUUUACACCAAAAGUCUCCGAUUUUGGCUUGGCCAAGCUACUAAGAGAUGAAAAGUCCCACGUCACUACCCAUGUUGCUGGCACAUUCGGUUAUCUUGCACCAGACUAUGCUAGUUCUGGACACUUGACACGAAAAUCAGAUGUUUAUAGCUUUGGAGUUCUACUUUUAGAAAUUGUCAGUGGCCAACGCGUGGUAGAUUCGUCUCAAAACGGGGAGCGUUUCAUAGUUGAGAAGGCUUGGGCAGCAUAUGAGGCUAAUGAUCUUCUGAGAAUGGUGGAUCCCGUGCUGAAUAAGAACUAUCCCGUGGAAGAAGCGAAACGGUUCCUAAUGGUGGGGCUGCGUUGCGUGCAACAAAUGGCGAGGCUUAGGCCACGAAUGCCAGAGGUUGUGGACAUGCUGACCAACAAUGUUGAGACGGUAGAGUUUAGUGUUUCACAACCAGGAUUUGUCGCUGAUCUCAGCAGCGCCAGAAUAAGGAAGCAAAUGAAUCCAUCAGAAGAAUCAAGUGCUACUGCAGCAACCUUUGCAGACUCCUCUGGAUGGUAGAAUUUCUUGAUUGGAUGUGCGGCGGAGUCAUUUGGGGCCGUGCCCAACUGGGCUCCAAUAGGCAGAGGAGAUUGCGGAUCAUGUGGUCCAAUGAAUUGUUUCAUCAUUCUAAGAUUGAUUGACGUCAUUAGUUGAAAAAGAAGGUUUUUUUUUUCUUUUAUUUGGUACAUACCACCACAAUUAGAAUUUAGUUACAUUUAAAAGUUUAUUGUUUUUUCUCUCCAAGAGUGUUAUUGAGCUAACUGAACUACACUCAUCAGACUGAAAAAGAGAGAUUGAUAUAUAUGAGGGCCAUGAUUUUUUAUAUGACAAUAAUAAUGUCUUUGUAU